GAAGUAUGUCAAAGAAUGAGAUUUCAAAAUAACAAAAGGGACAAAAUUGUCAGCAGAAUCAAGAUGGCAGCUCCCUUGAUGUCGUUGCCUUCUUCUGGCAGUAUCAAGCAUGUAGUGCCGUGGCGAUCACGGCAGGAAUUCUUAGGCGUCUAUGAGAACCUGUUCAAUGAGGAUGUGUCUCAACAAAAUCAAGCCAUCAACAGAAUUGCCACUUGGAAGUCAAGGGCAGGGAACAAGUUGUCUGUGGCUAUUGAAAGUUCUGCUCAUCUUCUGCAAGUUUGCUUAGACUACAGAACGGCAAAGGCUGAGGGCUCUCUGCAGGAGAAAGACGCCCAGUUGAGGUCCAGCUGUGGCCUUGCACUGAUCAGGUUUGUGAAUCACGUGACAGAAAAGGCUCAGACAAAGGCAGUGGCUCAACCAGUCCAUCUUAUCGCACGGGAGUUUGGGAUUCCUGAAUGGCUAGUGAGGAUGCGUCACGAUGCCACCCACGGGACCAUGCCUUGUCUGGACGCCCUGGUGACUGGUGUCAAGUGGGCCCUGGCGUACCUCAACGAGCGCUUCUGGCAGCAACAGCUGGAGGAUCAAACGGAGGACAGAGCGACAGAACAACCAGAGAAGAAAUUCAAGAUGGCUGAUGUCCGAACUGCUAUGUACGAUUUUCAGAAAGCUAGGUAUCAGGAGCUAAACUCAGGGACUGAUGAAGAGAAGAAGGAAAAGGAGAAAGAACACCAGAACAACAUCUUGCAGACUUUACAGUCAUACCUCUCUCGUAACAGGCUACAGUUCAUCAAGUGUUUUCUGGAAGAUGGCAUCUUGAUCUCUACUGAGGAGCAGCUAGCUGCCUUUGGAGUACAGACAGAAGACCUUUUGGCCCACUCUCCGCCCACAAUGCCUGUAGAAGUGACUGAGUUUUGGCGACCCUUGCUGCAGAAGUUGUACAGUUCAGGGGCCCUCCCCCUGCUCAUGAACACGGCUUUGUUCUCGACCACGCCAGAGCCGGGACUCCGGAACUACCAGCUCGUGGCAUGGCUUGUCUACUUGCUGUCUCAGAGUACAGAUUCCACCCUCAAAGGCAAACGGAAACGAAGGAGGAAAGAAGAAGACCUUGUCAAAGGCCCCAUGCAGAUUCCCAAGAAGACACUUCUGGCAGCCUGUCUGCAGAACGUCAACUCCUAUUCCAUCCACUUGUUCAAAUAUUUGGCUGACAGAGAAAGUCUUGGUGCUUCAGUAUAUGAGAAGCUGAUGAAACUGCUGGAUAUCAACUCGGUGGCUGCCGGUGGAGAAGGAGCCUCGGACGAAUCAGACACUGACAACACCGUCUACACUGUCGAAGACCUGAAGUCGGAGAAGUUGAAGAAAGUCCGUGGAAAAACUGAGCCACCCCCCUCUGUGGAAAAUGUCCAAAACAGCAUAGAGAAACAGGACAUUCCUUGGACCAUUUGCACAGAUAUCAUCGACUGGUCCACUGUUCCAUUUGGAGUCAUUCCUGAUCCCGCUAGUCUUGAAAAUGAAGCAGACGGCCCUGAUGGUGACGUGGAAAGCCACAGAGAGGAUCAUGUCAGUGAUAAUGAAGAUGAUGAAGAAGAAGAUGACAGCAAAGAAUACAGGGGGGAAAAGAAGAAGAGAAGACAAUCAGCGACGGGGGAGAAUGAUGAUAAAACUGUCAGCCCCAAGAGGUCAACCUACGUUGUGAAGGAAGAUCUGUUGUGAGAAGUACGAAGGACUGAUUCUUAUUAAGAAAAUAAAACAUCUUAUAUGAC